AUGAUGCAACUUGAAGAAACUGAAUUGGUUAAUGUGGAUACUAAAUCAAAUUCAACUAUUCCAUUUAUUCAUGUCAAUGAGUAUAAUGAAACUAUAGAUCCAUCCAAAUACAAAAAUGAUGCAUAUGAACAUAUAAAUAAAUUAGUUCGUAAUUUCAUCAACUCUUAUAAUUUGAAUUAUGGGUUGAUUCUUUGCAUGAAAGGAUUAAGACAU